AUGGAUCUUGCAAGUUCAAGUGAAUCCCUACUUAUUGAUGAUCUUCUUGAAGAGUACUGGUUCUUUGAGAACUUAUUCACCAGGAGAUCAAGAGUCUUAAGGUAUUGUCACUCAGAUCCUUACCCUUCAUCUUCUUCCUCUUCUUUGACUUCUCCUGAAACAAUGGAAGAUUUGAAUCCGAGGAAGAAUUUGGAAGCAUCCACGGGGAAAUGUUUGAUCAGAGCACCUUCUAAAGAUACAGGAGAAGGCGGAUCAGAGACAAAGCAGCUCUCUGAAAAUAUUAGGGUUCAAGAACCAAGAGAAGUUGAGUCUUUCUUGCAGAAGAAGGAACAUGUGCAGCUUCUUCCCAAAUCCGGAUCUCGUUCUGCUCCAGGGAAGAUACAAGAUGCUUCCACUGUGCGUUGUUUGAUCCGAGCUCCUUCUUUGCCGCCUCGGAUGGAAAAAAGAAAGGUUGAUUGUGAGGCCAAGAAGAUGAUCAAUAAGUUGACGCGGCAGUUCUCUGAGAAGAUUAGGAUUCUAGAACCGACGAGUGAGCGUAUCUUACAUAAGAAGAGAAAUAUGGUUCGAGACAAAGGGGUUAGUGAAAGGAACAUAACAGGAGAUAGUAGUAGUAUCAAAGUUGGCUUGCAGAGAACUCAAACGAUGCCAAGUAACAUAAGAAGAGAAGAAGACGAACUUGAAGAUCAAGAAAGCGAUUCAAGAAUGGGGUUCUUGAUCCGCAAAGCCCUCGCUAGCUCGAAUGAUGUUCCAAAGGUUUCAAGCAAUCAAAUUAGUCAAAGACCACCAAGAAACUCGAGAUCAGAAGAAACUUUUAUGGUCAAACAUGGAAGCGCAAGUCCCAAAACGCUGCGUAAAACGUUAAGCAGCAUAGAGACAACCAAAGAUAUUCAAAAGCUGAAAGGUUGUUAUGAUGAUCAUUUGAUCGAGCCACGUGUCUCAACGGGAGUGGCUACACCGCCUAGGGUUCCUAAGGAUUCAAGGAAAGAAAUGAAGGAUCAGAUCAAGUUUUGGGCUCGAGCCGUAGCUAGUAAUGUCCGACAAGAAUGCUAA